CGGCACCAGAAGGUUGUUUAUACCCUUUCUACUCUGAAGACAGCCGAAGCGAGGAUUUGGUGAAGGAAAUAGGAUUUCCCUGAAGUUUAGGGGAUUUUCCUCUGUAUUACCAGCACAUACUCUUAUCAUCUCCUUCAGUCAUGGCUCCUUCACUGGCCACAGCCUUCUCUAGGCGAUGGUGGAUGGCGAUUACUGCAGUGAUCGAAAACCUGUUGUUCUCUGCUGUUCUGCUCGGAUGGGGCUCUCUGCUCAUUAUGCUAAAAUCAGAGGGCUUUUACUCCUACCUCUGCAGAGAGCCAGGUAAUGGUACAGGGCAGAACGUAUCUGAGAAUGAAAAUGAUACGACAGUAGUCCCGAGAGGUGAGGAGGAGGAUAAUCUUCAGAUGAAUGGCUGGUCCAUCUGUAAAGAGCAAGAUGAGAUGCUGAACCUGGCCUUCACCAUCGGCUCCUUCCUCCUCAGCGCCAUCACUUUGCCCCUUGGCAUCAUCAUGGACAAAUAUGGCCCACGCAAAUUAAGGCUGCUCGGCAGUGCCUCGUUUGCCCUCUCCUGCAUCCUGAUUGCAUAUGGGGCCAGUGACCCUAGAAAUCUUUCCAUCCUGAUCUUCUUCGCCUUGGCGCUGAAUGGGUUUGGAGGAAUGUGCAUGACCUUCACCUCGCUCACACUUCCCAACAUGUUUGGUGAUCUCCGCUCCACUUUCAUCGCACUCAUGAUUGGCUCAUAUGCCUCAUCCGCUGUCACCUUCCCAGGAAUAAAGGUGAUCUAUGACCUUGGUGUUGCCUUCAUCACCAUCCUCCUGGUGUGGGCUGGCUGUGCCGGCCUGGUCUUCAUCAACUGCUUCUUCAACUGGCCACUCGAGCCCUUCCCAGGACCCGAGGAUAUGGAUUACACUGUGAAGAUCAAGUUCAGCUGGCUGGGCUUUGACCAUAAGAUCACAGGGAAACAGUUCUACAGGCAGGUGACCACUGUUGGUCGGAGAUUGAGUGUUGGCAACUCAAUGAAGAACAAUCCACAACAGCUGGCCACCCAAGAGGGCAAUAAACUCUGCCUGUCCACCGUUGAUCUGGAGGUCCAGUGCAAGUCUGAGGAGGAAUCCCAGUCCUUCAUGCGGAGCAUCUUUAGCCCCAUAUUCAUGCUCAGCCUCAUCACAAUGUGUGUGACUCAGCUCCGUCUCAUCUUCUACAUGGGGGCCAUGAACAAUAUUCUGGAGUCGCUUGCAUAUGGAGACCUGAGCAAAGUGGAGAGGAUGGAAAUGGUGAGCACAUACACAUCUAUCUUCGGGGUGCUACAGUUGCUGUGUCUCUUGACGGCCCCCGUGAUCGGUUACAUCAUGGACUGGAAGCUCAAAGAGUGUGAGGACGAAAAUGAGAAACAAGUUGCAAAGAAUCCUACUCAGCCAAAGAAACGUGACAGGCAGAUCCAGAAGAUCAGCAAUGCCACCCGCGCAUUCACCUUCACUAAUUUGCUGCUGGUCGGCUUUGGGUUGACCUGCCUGGUGCCCGAUCUUCAUCUACAGAUUUUGUCUUUUGUGUUGCACACCAUUGUGAGAGGCUUCAUCCACUCUGCUGUUGGCGGCUUGUAUGCAGCUGUGUACCCGUCUUCUCAGUUCGGCAGUCUGACGGGAAUGCAGUCCCUCAUUAGCGCACUUUUUGCAUUGUUGCAGCAGCCUCUCUUCAUGGCCAUGAUGGGCCCGCUGGAUGGAGAUCCACUCUGGGUUAAUGUGGGGUUACUGGUCAUGAGCAUGCUGGGAUUCUGCCUGCCCAGUUAUCUUCUGUGUUACGGCAGGCGGCUGCGCCGAGAGAAGCAGGAGCGCGAGGAAGACCCCAAGAUCUACGUCCAGAUCAACAACAGCACAACCCCCGAGGCCUUUGUCUAACUGCAACGCACAAAUGACAGCAGCUAGCAUAGAGAGCAGGAAGAAGGAGGGUGGGAAAUAAAAGAAGAGAACUGAAGGUCACAAGAAGAGUGAUAAACACCUCCCCGAUUCCUCCUUCUGUCUGACACACACACACACACACUCAUAUUUUCCCAACAGGCACAUAACAACAAACAGGCACAAAAUACAGCCAAAGCAACCAAGAGUCUCACAACGUGCCACACAAAAACACACGUUUACACGCAAUGGACUGAUUGGACACUGAAAGGCAGGUCUAGAAAAAAAAUGAUGCCCUUAUCCUUGAAACAGACACGGACAUCAAGACUUUAUAUACUGCCUGACAAGAAAGAAGAGCAAGCCCCUUUUUUCUCACGAUUUUCCCUUGAUUUUUGAAUUUCACAACACGACGAUACAAAAGACGAAGCAGAAUCAGUGAAAUUCUCUCAGGUUUGAGGAAGCCUGAUGACGCUUCCUGAACAGAGUAUUACUUCGUCACUAGUGUUCAUUUUUGUUGCCAAGCUUCUUUCAAACAUUUUCUGCGAACUGAUUUUAAAUCACUAUGAACACUUUACGUUGCUCUCAGCUAAUAAAGCUGCUGAAAAGCGAGAUGAGGACCCUUCAUUGUGGUUUGAAUAUGACAAACUGACAAACUACCUUCAAGCAGAAUGAUUCUGCUUGUUAUCUGUCCAGUAUGGGUUUUCAUUUGAAGUGGGCAGAUUUUAAUCUCAUACAUCAUAUACAGUACCAGCAUGCUUUGGACAGCAUGAGCAUGAAACUGCAGCUUUUUCUGAACUGGGCUGAUUUUAAAGGACUUUCGGACAUGGCACCCGAGGCUAAUGUAAUCUAAACACAAUUUUAGUAUGAGAAUAGUGCUAUUAUUUGCUUUGGCAUGCAGAUUCAGUACAUCUACAUGCGAGAUGAUGCAUUUUGUGCAUAUCAGUCCAUUCAGAAGGUUGUAGAAGCCAUGUGGGUCUAAAAGGUUUUGAUUAAGGUGGUAUUUUGGGGAUUAGCCUCACAUUUUGAUCAAGAGUGACUGAUCUUCACCAGCAAUACUAUUCCACACCAAUCAUACCGUACCCUAUACCACUAACCCAUGCAGUACUACUGGUUGAGCUUCACUUGUUAGUGUUUUUUCAUUGUAUUGACUCGAACAAUUAUUCAGGGUGUUUCACUUUUAGAGUAAUAAUUCAUAUCAGAUGUAUUCACCUGCAAUAUGAUCCCUUCUUGCUUUGCUUUGUGCGUUGAGGGGUAUAAAAUGAGACACAGUGUACUCUCGUUAAAGAGAUUAGAUGCCAUUAUCGUAUAUAAAUCUUGCACUACAGAUUUCAUAAUUACAGAGGUGCUCACGUUAGCCAUUACAAAGUAUAUGUGUUCUAUUCCAACCUCAUACAUACAUGAAAACCAUGUUAGCCAUACAAGAUACAGGAUUUUUGUGUAUGUUCUCAUGAUUUCUGGUCUGGUUACCAUUUAACUACGGUGCUUACUAGAAUAAAAAAGCAAGAAGGUUUCUGCGUUGGUCAAGAUGAACGAUACAGAAACCAAUUACAGAAUUUAGUUGGCUACUCAACCUUGUGGUGAUAAGGACUUGAAUUUAAUUCAUAGCGAUUAAAAAAGGGAGACUUUUGAGACAUGCUUGACGACAAUCCCUUUGGAAGACCCUUAAAUUUGUAGCUUAUAAUGGGUUUCAGGCCAGUAUUGUGCCCUAUGAAAGACAAAACGUGGUAACUAUAUAUAAUUGAGCGAAAUUGGGUCUUUUAGACUGACAGGUUGCACGACAGAUGGGUACUUUCAGAAAACAGUGUGAAAAAUUAUGUAAAAUCAAUCAAAUAACUUGUGAAUCAAAUAACAUUUUUCUUGAUUCCAGUGUUGAUGUAGUUUCCAUGUGUUUUUGUAGAUCACUUAUAUUUCUCAGCAAAACAUUGAUUUGAAGAUGUUAGGGUUAAGUCACAACCUCGCUUACUUUAACAGUAUUUUCACUGUAAACUUAUCUGAAAUUAUUUGUUUCUCCAUAACUGAGAGACAAACACAGAUGUUUGUAUGAGAUCCUGGAUGAGGAUGAGGAUCUUCUCAACAGUGGCCAUAAAUGUGACCUUCCUUUAUGACCCCCCUGAAGAGGAACAUUUCAGAUCUACCCAGCAACAUCCACUUAUUGUCUGUCACACUUUUUUGUGAAUAUUUUGUCAAAGCUGAGGCUAGACGCGAGUCCUGGAUGGACUGCAUUUGCUGGCUUGAACAUGCCUGGAUAUUGCAAGUGAAUUCCAAUCUAAAGCAGUACUGUACUAAGCAUAAUGAAUGUGAGAGUGAACCCAUUUGCUCUCAGAAUGAGAGAAGUAGCACUUUUUCUCACUGCCGUACCUUAAAUUUUCAUUCUUUUCUCAAAAGUCACAAUCACAUUUUUUUGGUUUUAAAAGUUGAUUUAUAAUACCCCAUUGUACGUGUAUGAGUGUGGAAAAUGCCCAUACGCAGUAAGAGGGAAGAAAAGUGGGAAAGAUCAGCU